CCAUUAUCUUUCUCUUUCUCUUUCUCUUUCUUCUUUCUCUAUAUCUGCAUUCAUACAUAUGCUACUUUCAACACUAAUCCUUCACCUUCCAUAAAUAAACUCACUACCCUUUUUCACUACUACUCCCUCUUCCUCUUUAUUAACAUGCUUUAAUUCAUUUAUGCACUUCUUUCUUUCUUUCUUUCAAGUUUCAACCCUAUAUAUGUAGACUCACUUGAAUCCUUAAAAAGCCUAUCUUUUUCUCUCCAAAACCAAUGCAAAUCAUCAUUCACUCAUCAUCAUAUAAUCAAUUCAACUUUCAACCAUUCUUACUAUAUUAAUAUAUUUACUUCACCAUCAUUUUUACUUUUUUAAUUCCUAUUAAUUAAUUAAUUAAAUUAACUACUCUCUCUCUCUCUCUUUCUCUCAUCCCCUUUUUUAUUUCCUCUUUUAAUUUGUGUUGUUUAAUUUAUAUCUCUAUAUAUAAUUAUUACCACUUCAUAUAUAUAUAUAUAUAUAUAUAUAUAUAUACACUUAUUAUUUCUCUAACAAACCUAGCAAGUAGAGAUCUUUCUCUCUAUUAUUAUUCUCUCUCUUUUUUUUUUUCUAUCUAUAAAUCUAUUAGCAUCUUGAAUUAUUCUUCAUGUUGACAAAUUCUCUUCCAUCAAUAAUGCAAACCUUGUUAGCAUCAUCACCCCCUAAAUUUCAAGGACCAGAUUUGUCCUUAAACAUAAGCCCUCCAUGUGUUAGUGUCUCAGAUUCCGAAAACAACAACAACCUCAACAACAACAACAUGAACAUGAACAUGUUCCUAAGUAGUAGGAAGAAAAUUGUUUACAAUGAUAUAAGUACUAGUUCAACUACUUCAGAUUCAGGUGGUAGUAGUUGUGGAAGUGCAAGUGACUUAAGCCAUGAAAACAACAACCUUCUUCAUCAUCAACCUACAUUGACCUUAGAUUUGAAUAAUUACCAUCAUCAUCAUCAAGGACUUUCUAGAAGCUUCAACAAUCACCACCAUUUCCAACCUCAAAUCUAUGGUCGCGAGUUCAAGAGAAGCUCCAGGGUCAUUAAUGGAGUCAAGAGGAGCGUGAGAGCACCUAGGAUGAGAUGGACAACAACCCUCCAUGCCCAUUUUGUUCAUGCUGUUCAACUCCUUGGUGGCCAUGAAAGGGCAACACCAAAGUCAGUUUUAGAGUUAAUGAAUGUUAAGGAUCUAACCCUAGCACACGUCAAAAGUCACUUGCAGAUGUAUAGAACAGUGAAGAGCACUGACAAAAGCACAGGUCAUGGCCAGACAGAUAUGGGUUUAAUCCCAAUGCCAAGGAUUAAUAAUGUUGCUCAUUUGCAUGCCAAUAAUGGAGUUUCAGCUUCUCAUGAUGAUAGACCAAAUAAUUUACCACAUCCACCACAAAAUUAUUCCCAAAGGUCAUGGCAAUCAUCAAUAAUGGAGGCAAAUACAAACAAUAGUAGACAAAAACCCCAACUUGGUUUGACGGAUUCUCAUACAAAGGGAUAUGAAACCAUGGUGGAAGAGCACAAUUGUGGGGGCAUGUCUAAUUGCAUGAAGGAGAAUAAGUUGGAUUCUACUUCAUUGUCAAGUUCUGAUGAGUUGAUGCUUGAUCUUGAAUUCACCCUUGGAAGGCCAAAUUGGGAAAAGGAACAUCAAAAGGAGUCAUCAAGAGUAGAAUUAACCCUUCUCAAAUGUUAAUCAAUUAAUUAAUUGACUAAUCACUAAUUAAUUUCCUUGUCACUAAAAAAAUAGUAGUAGUAGUACUACUACAACAACAACUAGCUUAUAUAUAUUAUGAUGAUGAAGCUAAGUAAUUAUUAUUGUUCCAUGUGAA